CGCACUCCUUCCCCUCCCCCGCAGAGAACCCGCUGUCUGUUGAGAAUCCCCCUGCCUGGCCACUUCCCGCCUGAGACAGGGCUGAGGAGGGCAAGGUCCCUGCCUUCCAUUUCCGUAUUUCCCCCUUGGAGCGUCAAAGAGGAAGGGAGAGGAGGAUCUGGGAGGAGAAGCUGGGGUGGGUGGCCCAGCCAGAACCUUUCUUCCCGCUCGCCUGAGACACCCCUCGCCCGCCUCCCCAGCAUGCAGCCUGACGUGGAGCCCCUGGGCUCCCCCAGCCUGGGCAACCCCAGCGUGCACAGGGAGGCAGCUGCCCUCCUGGUGGACACGGAGAUCGCAGAAGAGACUCCAGCUCGGAACCUGGGCAGGCCCAUCAAACCCUCGAAGCAGUACCUACAGCAGGUCAUUGCAGAAUACGAGGCUCUGGACCGAGAGCUGCCAUGCAUACGGAAGUUCUCCACGCCGCCCGCCGCCCAGCCUCUCUGCCUUUGCAUGGAGACUUCGGAGGACUUUACCCACCUGGAGGUUCUGGAGGCGCUAGAGGCCAAGUUACCUGGGGCCAUGGAGACCGGGCGUGUGAGCAGCAUCCGCUUUGAGAACAUGAAUGUCAUCUGCGGGACCGCGGGUCGCAGGCACCGGUGGCUCAUCACGGUCGCAGACUUCCAGACGCGUUCGCGUCUGCUGCGCUCAGGGCUCAGCCCCCGCGGGCUCGCGCAUCAGCUCGUUCGCCACGAUGACCUACAAUUGGGUGACUACCGCCUGCACCUGCGCCGCUCACUGGUCCGACGGCGCAUGCUCGAAGCCCUGGGGGCGGAGCCAACCCAGGAAGAUUGACGCGCAAGGGAGGAUGGGCCCCGGCUGUACUUGCGCACUACGCCAUUGAUGCGCAGGCGCACUGUGCAGGGAAGGGAGGGGGCGUCACCUCCCAGGAAGGAG